AUGGCAGAAGAAACUACCCCAUUGGUUUCAACCAAUGAAUCAGAAUCUACCCCUAAAGGAUACACUCCUAAAGACCAAAUUGAAUGGGAGUUUGGUGGUCCCAUUGGUGCAUUGGGAAUGAUUAUUGGAUUCCCAUUAUUGAUGUGGUAUAUGUGGAUUGGAGCGGAGUUCUACAAAGGCAAAUUCCCUUGGCCAGAGCAAGAUCAAUCAUGGUCGUAUUUCUUGUUGUUAUUGUGGGAAUUGUUCAAAUUGAAUGGAUUACCAACUUUUGGCACUUGGUUAUUUUUCACAUCAUUUAUUGUCAUUCAAGGGCUCUUUUAUUUGACUUUGCCAGGUGUUUGGACAAAAGGGCAGCCAUUGACGCAUUUGAAUGGUAAGCAAUUGCCUUAUUUCUGCAAUGCCAUUUGGUCAUUUUAUACCACUGUUGCUGGAUGGUUGGUUUUACACUUCACUGGUGUAUUACCAGCCUAUUAUAUGUUGGAUAACUUUGGAAGAAUAAUGACAGUGGCUAUAUUUUACGGUAUCUCGUUAUCAAUCAUCUUGUACUUGAUUUGCAUUUUUGUCACUGGUGAUUACCACAGAAUGACGGGUAACCAUAUCUAUGAUAUGUUUAUGGGUGCCCCAUUGAACCCAAGAAUCGGUAAAUACCUCGAUUUGAAAAUGUUUUUCGAAGUUAGAAUUCCUUGGUUUAUCUUGUUCUUUUUGAGUUUAGGAUUGUGCUUCAAGCAAUACGAUAAUUAUGGUUAUGUCACCCCACAAGCUGCAUUUUUACUUUACGCUCAUUGGCUCUAUGCUAAUGCUUGUGCUAAAGGUGAAGAAUUGAUUGUCCCUACUUGGGAUAUGGCUUAUGAAAAGUUUGGUUUCAUGUUGUUGUUUUGGAAUAUUGCUGGUGUGCCAUUUACUUAUUGUCAAUGCACAUUGUACUUGGCCUACCAUGACCCACAAGAAUAUCAAUGGUCAAUUGCUUACAAUGUUUUCUUGUUUGUUUUGAUCACAGUCGCCUACUACUUCUUUGACACGGGUAAUCGUCAAAAGAAUAGUUUCAGAAGAACAGUGGCUGGAAACACUCACUUACGUAAAACAUUCCCAUACUUGCCAUAUUCUGACAUUACUAAUCCAAAAUAUAUCAAGUGUGAAAAUGGAUCAUUAUUAUUGACCGAUGGUUGGUAUGUCUACGCUAGAAAGAUGCAUUACACUGCUGACUACAUCCAAACUUUGACUUGGGCAUUAAUGUGUGGAUUUAAUUCCCCAUUCCCUUGGUUCUUCCCUAUUUUCUUCUUCAUUGUGUUGGUUCAUAGAGGUUACCGUGACCAAAGAAAGUGUGAAAAGAAGUAUGGUAAAGAUUGGGAUAGGUAUUUAGAAGCUUGUCCUUACAUGUUUAUCCCAUACGUUUGGUAA